AUGCGCUGCACUAUCACUUCGAGUGAUUGCUUUGCUAUUGUGACCAGUAGAGCUGUAACCCCAGAAGCACGUGGGGAUUUGUGGUCGGUGUGGCGUAGUAACUGCACAACGGUUAUACGUGUUGAUCAAUUACCAAAGAUAGGUUUACCGGCGGAAAGAAUAGAAAAUGUGGAAAAUGU